GGCUGAAUGCAAUGAAGUUUUGGUCUUGGGGGACGUCCAGACUUUGCCGAUCUUUAAGCUUUAAACCAUCCAGUAAGGUAAUUGAUUUAGUCAUUUAGGACGAUCUAACUACAAAGGCGCCCAUGGAGGUCUUUGUAAUAGCGAAAUGCAUAAGCCUGUCCCAGUCCCUUAUUAGGACCAUUUUCAUUAAAUGAUAUCCACACUCCACACUCCCACCCCUCUCCCCUGGUUUAUAAGAUUUUUUGGGACAUGCUAAGAUUUAGGGCCUCUUUACAUGGAGGUGGGGGAACCCAGGAAGGUGAGAUAGCCCACUAAGAUGGAGUAACCCUCCUGUCCAUAUAAUCUCUCAUUUUAAUUUGAUUAUGUUUACAUGAUAGGCGGGGUGACUUGUCACAUGUUACCUCACCUAUCUGGGGUCCCCCACCUCCAUGUAAACAGGCCCUUAGAAAGAGUCUUCAUAUACCAGUAUUUGAGGUUUAAAAUAUUUCUUAUCUUUUAUCCUCUUUGUGGAUCUGAUUCUAUAAAAACAGGAAAGACAGUUUAUUGACUGGAAAAAGGUAGUUUUAAAAGCAGGAGAUGGUGGAAAUGGAUGUGUGCACUUCAGAAGAAAAAAGUGAGUUGUACUGUAAAACGUACAGACAUUAUUAUAUCUGAUGUUACAUUUUAUUUGAAGCUCUAGCAUCAAAGAUAGCGAGUCGAAUAUAAGGACACUUUGCCCAAAAAAAAGUCAUUGGUUCCAAUGGAAAUCUUUUUAAUAUUUCUUUAACACUUUAUUUGAAUGAGUCAAACACUGCUGAAAAUUGUAUCCUUCUUGUACCAUAAAGAUAACUGGAAACCUAUUUUAGGUUUAAAUUUCAUUGUCUGUUACAGCUGUUUCGGAUAACAGGCGACCUGCAUUGUCAAAAACAUUUCGGGAUUUUGGGUUUUUCUUUGACGUCAAUCAAACCAUUACCAUAGCACCUAAUCAUUAAGGCAGCAAUAUCAAGCUGAAGCUUCAAAAUUUAAUGUUGGCCUGAAUGUACCAAUUUGUUUUCACCCUCCUAUAUCUGUGUUUCUUCUGGAUUUGGAAGUUCUAUAGGAACAAGCUAAGUUCACCUUGGGAAUCUGAACUUGCCAUGUUUUAGUAAGAAGGUAAGAAAACUUGAGAGUUAAAACGUGAAUACACGCGAACUCUGAAGUUCAAAAGCAACAAACCUUGAAACACAGAAAUACACAAAAGGGAUCAAAAUCCACCAAUCACAAAUCACAAACCAUGACCUGUUGAACCCGGUGAAGUAAACUUCUGUUUCCUAAGAGGUCCGGUGCAAAAGCGCAUAGCCUUCAGAUUUUGUUUGACGUCACGGAAAAACUCAAAAUCCAAAGACAUAUUUGACAUCCCAGGUCGUGUGUUAUCUGAAACAGCUGUAAUGUUUAACUUACUAGAUUCCAACCUAAAGCUGGCCCUGACGGUGGUGAUGGGGGCCGAGGUGGGAACAUUGUGCUGGUUGCAGACCAUGCUGUGAAAGAACUCGCCCAUCUUCCAAAGCACACAAAGGCAGAAAAUGGUGGAGCUGGCAGGGGAGAAAAUUGCAAAGGCAGAAAUGGUUCUGAUCAGAUAUUUGAGGUAAAAUAAAAAGAGUAGAAGAAAACUUACUGAGUGUGAGACUGGGAUGGUGUUGCAGCGAAUAAAUUACUGCUAGCAGUUCUUUUAUUGGAUCUUAUUAUUGAAUUUAUUGACACAGAGAUUGGCAGAAAUGCUGACCCACCUUCCCCACGCAUGCUGUGGGAGAACUGCCAAGUGGUUUCCAGCCAACAGCUACCACAUAUGUUGUGUGGUCAGGAGCUGGUGCUUAAAGGAGUGCUUUGCACUAACCUUGGAAAUAAAGGGCCCAUGCUUCAUGGCUUUGUCAAAAUUAUUCAUAGGCCCAAAGGCUCUGACUUGCCGAUGAGCCUCAAUAAGGGCAAAACAACUGUCCAUGGCUGCCAUUGCCCAUGGCUGUGCGCAUGCGUGAGGUAGAGGCCAGGCCAUGGAUUGGUGUACUUGCCACUUACCAUUAGUUUGUCUUAUUACAAGAUUGCAAACGAAACUGGGUCAAAGUGCAUCUCUGAAAACACUGCCAUAGUUCAAUUUGUCAUACAUUUGUAACACCAACCCUGUCUUACAUGGAUCCUCAAAACUGCCAAUAGAAUCCAUCCAGGGGUGAGUGGGAAACCAAUACAUCCCCUUAUCCACACCUAAGAGACUUAUACCCAAUAUAUCAUUUUCCCUGGUUUGCCACAAUAUACCUAAAGCUAGAGAAAGUGUAGAAUGCUACAAUGUAUAUACUAAAAUUAUGUACUAUUUUAGCCAACACUGAGUAUUCUUUACCCUGAUUAAAAUGAAAAACGUUUAUACUAUUAAUCCAAACCGUGGCUAACCCUUAAUCCUAUUUCCACACUUUUGAAUUUAGGUUGUUUUCUUUGGACUGUUUUCCUACUCACAUGCCUUGUCAGUAACUGUGCUCACAUUGUUGGUGGCUCCUGCUUAAAUGUUCUACUUGUAAAGGUAUACAUGUAAGCUUUAAUGGAGCCAAAACCAAUAAUUGGUUUUGGCUCCAUUAAAGCCUACAUGUAUACAUGAUGAUGUAUACCAAUUUAUUGUGGGAUUGCACACAUAUUAGGCAUCCUACUGAUGAACAGUUAAGGUUAAGACUUAGAUAUUUUGAGUAACAACAACUUGCUGCUUGUCCUCUUUGAAUUGUAAGACUAAAUGUAAAAGAUCUCAGAUGACCUACUUCUAGCUUAACCAGCUGUUCAUUUUUAGGUUCCUCUUGGAACAGUGGUCAAAGCAAAUAGUCAAGUGAUUGCUGACAUGACAGCCGAGAGGCAAACCUUUGUUGCUGCCAAGGGAGGACUAGGGGGACUUGGAAACUCGCACUUUAAGACCGCUCUGGAUCAAGCACCUAAGCUGUCUUCUGAUGGAACUCCUGGAGAGGAGAAAGUGGUAGAAUUGGAACUCAAAACCAUAGCUGAUAUUGGUUUGGUAAGCAAAUUCUAAAAAGGAAUAGUCAUAACUAAGGCCCUGUUUUUAUGCAGAAAAGUUGCCCUGGGAAAGAGGAUCACCCUCCAAGCCAAGUCAACUUUAGCGAGCAUUUAUAUGAGAGUGAAGUUAACCCCUUUGCCUGAGCCAAGAGCUGACAACAGUGCUCACACUUGCUCUGAGUGUCUUGCCUUGACCAAGUUGACCUGCAAGUACCUCCAAGUUUUCUCAGCAUCCCUCUGCAUGCAAAACAAAUGAGGCAAGAGUCUUGAAAAAAGAUUAUAAAAGACUAUUGGCCCUUGGGAGAGACUGCUCAAAGAAAAUCUGAAAAAUAUCCAUUUCCCUUAUAAUUCUUGUCCUCCUCUUUCAGUAAAUAUGUUAUCCGCUUGUGUGAUGUCAUGUAGAAUUAAGAGUCAUUUAAUGAUUCUUCUUUAGAUGAUUCUCUCUAAGAAACAGGAGCAGAUGAAAUAAGACUUUUAAUAUUUUAAGCUCAGCGACAUGAAGCCAGGUCUUGAUCUCCAUGUUAUUCUUUACAUUUUCUUUUACAAUAAAUUUUGCUCUUAAUUUUAAACGCAGGUUGAAUCCAAGUGUUGACAAGACAGUGUCUAAAUGGUCACCAGUGAAAGCAGUAAUGCUAAUUAUAGUAAUCUUGUAAGGGACCAAUUUCUCAUUUUUGCAGACAUGGUAGGGGUUUUGGGGGUUGUAUAGUAGUGGACAACCGUAGUAGAUUGCUAUGACCAAAAUUUGAUCCUCAUUUUUUGUUGUUCUUUAGGUUGGUUUUCCCAAUGCGGGAAAGUCCACUCUUUUAAGGGCAAUUUCCAGAGCAAGACCAGCUGUUGCUGCCUACCCAUUUACAACAAUAAACCCUUAUGUUGGUAUUCUGGAGUUUGAUGAUUACUCACAGAUUGCAGGUAGCUCUGACUAAAAAAUUCUGCUUCUGAAUAUCCAUUUGCCACAGUAUUGGUACUUAGUUCCAUUGAGUUUCCUAAAAACGCACGUCACAUGGUGACAAAUACCCACCUCAAGUUUAUGGGAUGUCACUAAUUUAAUUAGAGGUACGGCAAAACGGGCAACAUAAACAUGCAACUUGCUUUGCAACAUUGCUAUAAAACGAGUUGAAAACCGAUGUUGCGCGUUUUACACCCACGUUCAAACCUCUUUUGCAAUAAAUCAGGUUGUUGCAGUUUGCGAAAGUUGUUGGGGAAAGUAGAGAGUAGAUCCCCUUUUUGUAUCUUUACAUGUUGCGCGUUUUACCCGCCCAACUCCCGUGUGACGUGAUCUGACUCCGGCGUAAUUUUAUCCAAUCAGAAGUCAGUAUUCACGCAUCUUGUAGUAACCUGAUUUGUUGCAAGACAGGUUUGAACGCGUGGUAGUAUCUUUCCCAUUACUCCUCUGUUUCUGAAACCUCAUUGAAACACUUACUGCGUUCUUUCUGUUUUUUCCCUUUUGAAGCCAGAGGAAAAAUCUCCAGUUGUUUACAUAAGUAGGCAAUGCGCGUGCCACAAGCAGCUUUUCCUUUUAUUAGGGGUUCCCUGAAUUACGUGCUCGCAGUUAUUGGUGACUUAGGCCCGAGCGCGUGCUUUUAUAUCAGUAAAACUUGCGCGUUACAUAGGGCGCGUUCUUUACGGAAAUACAGUCGAACCUUCCGUAAGCUACCACCCAAAAUGCGAAAACUUAGUGGUCACUUACGAAAGGUGGUCGCAUACGAGAAAUCGAAUCACCGGGGUCUCUUCCGAGAUGUCCGGACACUUCUACUUUAUGGAAGAUAAUUUAUUGCAUGCAAUCUUUCAAGCCACGAUAUGUGCAGUUCCAUGUUAUUACUAAACUUCCUCCUAUAUUCUAAGUAGCAUGGUACAUACAGCGAACAUAGAGAUCAGACCAUGAAUGCGUGCGUCAAGUGGUUGCUUGCAAGAGUGAAAAAACAUGAAAAAUUAUUAAACCUUCAGACCCUAAAAGUAGUCGCGGUCGCUUACAGGAGGUGGUCGUGUACGAGAGAUUCCAACUGUAAGGCUUUGACUGGGAAAGUUUUGGUGGUCAUUUAUGAGAGGUGUUCGCAAAUAGAGGUUCAACUGUUUAAUAAGUAUAGGUAAUAGCAUGCUUUGUAGUGAUAUUUGGAAUAAAUACCACGAGUGAUAUUUCGAAAUUGUUAUACCCAAUUCACGAGCCGUUAGGCGAGUGAAAUUUGUGACAAUUUUGAAAUAUCACGAGUGGUAUUUAUGCCAAAUAUGAUCACGCACAAAUCAUGCUAUUAUUUGUUUAUACUGCUACCCGCAAUAAGAUUUGUAAUUUUCACAUGUAGGUAUUUCAAAUUAAGCUGAGAUACCACUGCUCUAAGCCAAUCAAUUUGCGGAAAUUUCUCAUCUAGAAGUAUAAAUACGUUACCGAUACGACGAAUCAUAGCGCUGGUAUUUCUUUGGACAUUUUAGUGAUACUUUGUAAACUCAAUAAUCGUUUUCUCUUUUACAGUUGCGGAUAUUCCUGGUUUAAUAAGUGGAGCCCAUCUCAAUAAGGGACUGGGACAUGCUUUUUUGCGUCACAUUGAAAGAUGUCGUUGCUUGCUCUACGUGUUGGACGUUUCUCAGGCCGACUCAGUAAACACAUUUGAAUGUCUGCGGGAGGAAUUAGAGCUUUACAAAGAACAACUCUCACAAAGACCUGGAGCUGUUGUAGCAAAUAAGAUAGACAUCGCUGAUUCUGAACGGGAAAUACAGAGACUUGAAGAGACAUCACCACUACCUGUUAUUCCAGUAUCUGCGAAGUACGGGACUGGUAUACCAGAAUUUAAAACUAAACUGCGGAAAUUGUUUCAUGACUCCCUUGUAAUAUUUUAAGCUUAAUUAUUUAUUCUUUGU